AUGAACCUGAACUUUCUAAAUCAUAGCGAUACAGAUCUUGAACAAACAACUACCAAUAUUUUGGAUAGCAAUGAUGGUACUCCCAAGAAGAACAGGGAUAGUAAGGAGGAGGAAUUAGCUCAAAGGAAAAAGAAAAGAUAUAGACUUUCAUUCGUUUGUCAAGAAUGUAGGAAAUCGAAAACUAAAUGUGAUAAAGAAAAACCAUCUUGUUCUCGAUGUUUGAAAAUAGGUAUAACUUGUAUUUAUGACGUUGCUAAACAAGAACCACCCAAAAGGCCAAAUAAAUCUGCUACUUUGAAAAGAUUACAAAAGGAAUUGGAAUAUUGGCAAAAUAAGACAAGUUCCUUAUUAAAGGAAAAGGAACAGCGUAAACGAAUGCGUUACGAUAAUUNNNAAUCGAUAAAUAAUAUAUCAAAUAAUAAAAAGAACUGUAAACAAGCAAAUAUCACUGACAAUAUUAAAACUAAUAAUGACAAUGACAAUGACAAUGACAAGGAAAAAACAGAUGUCUUACGAGUGAAUCUUUUGAAAACAAAUCCAAGAUUAAUCAUGACUACAAUUAUGAAAAGAGAAGUUAAUCCCUUAUCUGAAAAUUAUCGAAUAGUACAAGAUGUCUUUAUAUCCACAUUAGUAUCUGCCAUAUUUAUUACUGCACCAAAGAAUUCAAUCUUAGCUACUGUCGGAAUGGAUAUCAAUAAUAUUAAAGAACAUCCACAUUUAAGUCAUCCAACUUUUAAAUUAAAGGAAAGUCUAUUGAGACAAUGUGUUACCCCUGCACAAAGAGAAAGAGUUAAUCAAUACACAAAGAGAAUGAUAGAUGUUAAUGGAUUUGAUUCAGGACCAAGAUUAGAAACAUUUAUGGGUUAUGAAGAUCUUCGAUCACCAAGUCCUCGAAUUGCAGGAACCUCCCUGGAAGAUACUGCACCCUUCCCAGGUGAAUAUUCUGAACUUCUAACAGAUUUAAUUCAAGAUUUCGAAUCUAAAUUGCCACCAUAUGAUGUCAUAAUGGGUUAUAAAGCUCACUUUAUGGAAAAUAUGUAUUCUUAUUUACCCUUUGUCGAUCCAGAAAUUUUGGAAGAAACCUUGCUGAGCAUUUUAUUCAUUGAUGAGAAUGAUAAAUAUAAAAUUAAACUGAGACUAGGUACCAACGGGUUAAGAAACAAAAUUGAAAAUUUAGUGAUAUUAGUAUUAAUAUUGAAAAUAUCAUACGUUUCAUUAACUUUCAUUGAAGACAAUCCAAACAUUGAUAGUCCUCAUGUGACAAGGGGAAUGUUAGCUAAUUUCCCCAUUUCAAAUGACAUUAUUACAUUAGCCCAAAAAUCUCUGGUCGCAGAAGAUUGGUUAGUCACUGUAAAUGAAAAUAUCAUAUCCUGUUUAUUGUUUAUUUGGGCAUACCAAGUAUUUUCUCCAGAUUCUGGAGACUUUUUUUUGGAUUGUCCAUCAGAUUAUUUGGCUAAUCUCAUAGUAAUAUUGAGUAUAUCAAUUGGAUUACAACGUGACCCAUCAGCUUUUGAACCAUUGAAUAAUUCUGACAUGUCAGAUCCUAGAUUGUUGAAUUUAAGACGGAUAUUAUGGAUUUCUGUAUCACUUAUAUUAUGUUAUGAAAUAACUUUUAGAGGGCAUCCCUUAAUUUCACCUUUAAAUUUAAUGGAAUCAUUUAUUGAUUUGACAGAUCCUAAUUCUUUGGAACCUUAUAUGGAAAGAGUUGAAGCUGAUUCCAAAAAGGAAAAGAUACCCGUACUAUCAUCAAGUACAAAAAUUGAUAAAUUACAAAUCCAAAGGUUUGCAUUCAAAAGAGCUCAACUUUCGAUGUUAUUAUUCAAAUUAAACGAGAUCAUAUUAACCUACCACGGCUCAUUUUCGUUGCAAGAAGUUGAAGAAUUAAGAAACAGAAUUAAAGGUGAAGUAAUGAAUGACUUUGCAAUUGUUGAUAUUACACAAUAUCCUAAAGAUGAUAAUAUAGAAAAUAGGAAACAAAUGUCCAAAUUCGCCACAACAAAUUCGACAUCAUUUUUAGCUAGAAGUCUUUCCUUAUUGAUAUUAUUAAGAAGUGCCAUGGCAAUUUACCUUCAUUUUGAUUCAUUAUAUGUAUAUGAUAAGACAGUACAAGUGAAAACUCAAUUAUUAUCAUUUUUCCAAAUAGUCACAGUAGAUGCGUUAACUAUGACCAUUCAAUUUCAAAAUUAUUUUGAAGAUAAAUAUGAGGAUCAAUUAUCUCCCUUGUUGAAAUAUAACGUAUCCAAAGUGAUCCAAAUGGGAUUACCUUCCACUUUGAUAACCCUUAUUGCUAUGAUUGGUAGAUUAGAUUUAGCAGUAUAUAUGAUGAAGGAUAAAUUUGAUACUAUCGAUAAAAAUAAUGCAAUUGAGUAUACAAAUUAUUUGGAAAAAUUUAAAAUUAUUAAAUCAUUGAAAGUUACAUUGGAAAAUGUAUUUAUUAAAUUCUAUUCAUCUGCGUCAUCACAUUUUAGAUUCACUUAUUUUUCAGUUUUCAAAAUGCUUUCAUUUCUUGAUAUUGUAUUUAAAUUGUUAAAAAGAGGUGAUUUAGUUAAGCUUUUAUUUUCAGUGAAGAUAACAGAUCAAACAGAACCAAAGAUAGUGAAUUUUUUAAAGAUGACAUUUAAUGUAGAAUUAAAAGAAGAUGUUCCUAUAGUACAAAAUAUGAUGAAUAGAAAUCAUUUGAUAUCUGCCAGUGUCGAUGAAUUAAACACACUUGCAUCCACUAUCACAGGAGUAUUGGUUGGUUCCACGUUGGAUCCAAUGAAAGGUGUGUAUAACUCUAGAAAUACGUCAAUUUCUUCUCAUUCCAAAGUUCCUAGUGUAGUGGACACGCUGGUAGACGACACCUUUGAAGAUAAUAAUAAAGUUGACUUUAAUGGUAAAAUAAUACCUAAUGAAAAUGUUUUAAAAAGUACGAAUAAUUAUGAGGACUUGCUAGCCAUGCACAGAUAUAAACAAAAUGAUUCGGACGGUAGUGAUAGUUUCGCGAACAAUGGCGGAUUGACACCACUUAUGGAAAAUCAACAUCAUAAUGGCAAUUCAACCACACCCAUUCCAUAUGCAGAGAAGAAUAUGAAAGCAUUAAAUGGUUUAAUGAAUGAUUUAGAUACAAAAAUCCAUAUUCCUGGUAUAUUACAAAGUCUUGGUAUUUCUGAUUUCGAUGGGUUUUUGAACAAUUCGUAA